AUGUCAUCUGCUGCAUCUUGUCCAUCCGUGGACCAGCUAGAGCCAGCUCGUGCCCAUACCCUUAAGAGAAAUUCUAAUGAUGUGGGGUGGGAGUAUGGAGUUUUAAUUGAUCCAAAUGAUCUGAAUGUAAUCAAGUACAAGCUGUGCCCAAAGGUUGUGAAGGCAGGAAUCUAUAGGCUCAAAUUGCAUAUUGCCGGCAAGAAAGGAGAAGUUCGUGCAUGCCCCAAUGCCACCGAAGAGGACAAAGCAAAGUGCAGGAAAGCUAUUGAAGAGUCUGGGAGAGCUAAAAGGGCUAGAAGGGAGAAAGAACAAGAGGUCAGAGAUGCUGUUACGAUUGAUGUUGAGUCAGAUGUGGAACCGGAAGAAAAUACUGGGCUUGAUGAGAUUGGAGGCUCAGGAUCACGCGUGACGGGUCCUAUGGACAACUUCACAAAGCCUAUGGACUCUAAUUCGUUGGCCAAGGGGAAGAAGCUCCAUCACCAAAAAAUCAGUGAGCAUGUCAUGAAAGAAAGACUUCAUAGGUUUAAGAGAUAUGUGGCAAAAUGGUUGUACGUUUGCAGAGUACCUUUCAAUACAAUCAAUAAUAUAGAGUUUGAUCAAAUGAUUGAAGCUGCUGGUCGCUUUAGGCCGGGUGCAAAGAAGCCUUAUCAGCAUGAGUUGAGAGAGAAGCUGCUGCAAGAGGAAGUUCAAGAUACAAAGGAGAUGUUGAAGGCACAUGAGAAAGAAUGGCACAAGAAUGGCUGCUCCAUUAUGACAGAUGCCUGGACAGAUCAGAAACAAAGAAGCAUUAUGAAUAUGUGUGUCAAUUGUAGCAUUGGUACUAGCUUUCUUGAGUCAAAAGAAGUUUCAGCCGAGUCCCACACUGGAGAACUCAUUUUUCAGUAUGUGAACAUCUGCAUUGACAAAGUUGGGGCUGACAAUGUAGUUCAAGUAGUCACAAAUAAUGCUUCAAACAACAUGGCAACAAAGGAUUUGUUGUCUGUAGAGAGGUCUAAAAUAUUUUGGACUUCAUGUGCAACUCACACAAUCAAUUUGAUGCUUGAAGGAAUGGGAAAGAUGAAGAAGUUCAAGACCACAAUUGAUCAAGCAAAGUCAUUGACAAUCUUCAUUUAUGCACACCAUAGGACCUUGGCAUUGAUGAGGAAGUUUACAAAGAAAAGAGAGAUUGUUCGGCCAGGCGUGACUAGAUUUGCAUCCAACUUUCUCACCUUGCAGAGUUUGUAUGAGAAGAAGGAGCAGCUAGGGAAGAUGUCUCAAAGUGAUGAGUGGGAGAAGAUAAGCCAUGUUAAGAGUGCAAAAGGAGUGCAAGCCACAACCACCUUGGUGAGGCCAAAUUUUUGGAGUUCUGUUGCACUUUGCUUGAGGGUAUUUGAGCCAUUGGUGAAGUACUUUGGAUGGUUGAUGGGGAUGUGA